GCCCUUCUGCUCGCACUCGGCUCUACGUUCUUCCCGGACCUCAUUCUUUCCUUGACCGGCGAAGAGCGCGCGUCGAGCUAACCGUCGUGCUCGCUGUAACGGCAAAAGUCCUCGCGAUCGGCAUACCGGCGUUGCCAGCCUUCAGGUCAUUAUCGGUAUAGCAGUGAAUUUACUGGAAGAAUCGAGAACCCGUUUUUCCUAUACCGGCAACCUCUGGUCUCCAGUGCUCUGUACUCUCGCCAGACGUUUUUCACCGAGAUUCGAAUGUGCUGCCGAAGUUGACGCGCCUGGAUUACACGCCUACCAACCUGACCAUUCGCAGCCCCGCCGUAGCAGCGUAUAUUGCGAAUAACGGAAGUUAAACUCGUCACAGCAGUCCGAGGAUUUGAAUUUCUUAGCUGCCGGACGCUGAUAGUUUUGAACUCGACAGCCAAAGUGACUUAGGAUAGAGUGGCUACGAAGCAAUGCGUUGCUGACAGAGGGACAGAUAGAGUCUGCAGGCUGCCGGACAGAUCGACGGACACGCAUAUACAGCCGAACACGAAGAUAGGGAGACGGAGAGACGCCGUUGCCGUUCCCCCCCCUCCCUCGCGCUCUCUCGCUCAGUCGCUUAUUCGCUUGGCAGUUGCUCGCGCGUUACCGACCUAACUGGACGAGUUGUGAGUGCGCUCUCCGUGAAAAAGUUCUUUGAUACGUGCUGCUGGGUUUGUUAAGCCGUAUUCCUUGUAUUGCUUUAUACGCAAACUGUGUUCAGUGCUGGAAAAGGGAAAUAGCUGUGUGCUCUGUACGCCAAUCUUUUUCCUGGCUGUUGAGGAACCUCGUGAUUCUGGGCUGUGUCGAAACCAACCGGAAGACUAGGAGUCAACGAGUCCUCGUGCUAUUAACGAGAGGAAAAGAGUCGAUAGUAAAGAGGCGGAAGUCAGAGACGUAGAGAGAAGAUGGGUGCGCGUCAAAGCAGAAGAUCCGUCGACAUAACGACGACGCCGAAAAAGGACGGCGUGCCAACCGAGGGUGGAGUCGUCGGGGACGCCGCGGCACCUGGUGAUGGUAAACUCGAGAGGAUCGAGGAAACCGAUUCGAAACCGAUCUCGAAUGGUGUCUCCUCGCACACGGAGGUUGCUGCCGAUAAAGAAGACAAGGAUAAGGAUAAAGAUGAGAGCAGCGAGAAGGAUAAGGAGAAGGUGCCAGAAGAUACGAAACCCGAGGAGGCUAAGCCCGACGGGACGCCCCAGGACGCUUCUGGAACCGAAGGUGCGGAGGUAACGACGCCAAGUGCAGAGGCCACUCCUGCUACUCCCAACGCAGCGACUUCGCCUGAAUCCAAGGAAACCAAAAAAAAGGAUAAGCUCAAGAAGAAGUGGUCCUUCAGAUCGAUCAGCUUCAGCAAGAAGGACAAGAACAAGCCGGCUCGCGAGGAUACGCCCAAGAAUGGAGACGUCACCAAGGAGGAGCCUCUCGCUGAGAGUGGCGAGGAAGUCGAGGGUGCAGCUGCAGCUGCGAGCAGUCCUACCGAAGAAAAGUCCGCUGUGAGCAGUUCAGUCGCCCCAGAGGCUGAUGAUUCUGCACCAGCAGUAGCAGAGGCAGCAGCACCAGCUGAUGAAGUUGCAGGAAAAUUGCCGGUAUCUGAAAGCGCAAACGCGACAGUCGAAUCGAAGAAGGAAGAAGAGAAGCCUGCAGCGACGGCGACGCCGACGGCCCCUAGCGUUCCUAGUGGCGAAAGCUUUUCCACCGUGGAAAAGAAAGAGGAAUCCAGUCCCAGUGCUCCUACUCCUGUCCCUGUCGAGGAAAAGAAAGAGGAAAUCGAAAAAGUCGAGAUUGUGGCCGCUGAGAAAGUCGAGGGCACUCCGGAGCCAGAGGUUGCCGAGAAGGAAGCGACAAAGCCUAGCGCAAACGAAACUAGCACGACGGAAAGUGUCGAUGAUGCUCCAACCAGUCCACCUCCUGCGGUUCCAAUCGAGGUUUCGCAAGCUCCUGCAGCUCCUGCAGCUCCUGCAGCUCCUGUCUCUGCGCCAGCACCAGCACCAGUAGUUGCACCCACACCUGCACCUGUACUCGCACCUGCGCCCGCCAUUACUGAAGACGUCGCUUCGGUGACCAAGGCUAUCGAAGAGAUUGACAUAAAUGAGAAGGCCGUUGCAGCAGCAGUUAACGAAGCCAUGGAGAGCAACACGAAUGAGCUCGUCAACGACUCGUGCCACCAAAACAACAUGAAUGAAUAAACGUCGCCGUCACAAACCGAAUUGUAUUUUGGGAAGAAGAAAGUUCUUUUCUCUCGUUAAAACCAAAAAAAGUAUAUUAUAUAUAUAUACAUAUAUAUAUAUAUACACACACAUGUAUAUAUACAUAUAUUUGGAUCAUUCCUACAACUGAAAA